CAUACAUUAUACAUAUAUAUGUAUAUGCAUGCACACACGUAUCCCGCGUUCGUAUAUCGUACGUGAUAGAGGCGCACAGUGAGCGGAAGCAGAGAAACUGGGAGAUCAAAAAAGGGAGAAAAAAGCAAGAGGGGGAAAGAAAAAAGAGGAUUAUUAGUAUAUUAGGAAUAUAUGCGGCGCGUAUUAGCCUGCAUAUCGUAUACGAAAAAAAAAAAAAGUGUACAAGUCUACGAACCGGCGUUUUUUUCAUUGUGCAGCAGCUCUCGUACGGAUCUCUUCGUCUAGUGCACCGUUCGGCCGAUUAAGGACAACUCGAGAAAUUCAGCCGACUAACUGAGGAUCCUCCGACCAUGUCGCUGCUCAGCGUAACGGUGAAGAAGGCGCGGUUCAUCUGCGAGGAUGCGGAGCAGUUCAACUCCUACGUAACUUUGAAGCUACAAAAUGUAAAGUCAACGACAGUCACUGUGAAAGGGGCCAAUCCAUGCUGGGAACAAGAUUUCCUUUUCGAAACGAAUGACAUGAAUGCUGGGCUCGUCGUGGAAGUAUGGUGUAAGGGAUUCUUGUGGGACCGUUUUCUGGGCUACUACUAUAUCCCACUGUCAGAGGUGUCCUACAUGAACGAGGUAACGAGAAAUCAGUGCAACUUAAGUCACACAGAAGUACAACAAUUUGAACGAAACACACCGUCCGAUAUGCCUGACACCAACAGCAACACACAGCCAGACAUCAUCACUGACACGGAGACCACGGGACAGUGGGUCAGUUUGGGUUUGGAGCUGGAGCAGAGAGGGAAUGAUAUCAUCGGCACGAAAAAACCGACGGGCCAUUCGCUUCUAAUCGACUGCCGACUAGAGCUGCCGUACGGAAAGCGCGUACAACGAACUGGAUGGAAAGCCCUGCUAACGAGCAAAACAGCAAUGCAGUUGCGAGCAGCCCGGCCCAUGUGUGGCUCAGGUACCCUCGUUAAGAGAUCCUGAUCAUGGGAUCGUCGUUGAUCGCGAGAUCUCUAUUUUCGCUUUAUCGUCUCGACUCCACCGACCGAUCUGCAUCCGAGUGCCAUGUGAAUUUUUGUGUG